AUGUUAAAACAACUCCAUGUCAGGCACUGUGGUAUAGUGCGCAUGAAGGAACUGGCUCGCCGUUAUUUCUGGUGGCCGGGGCUAGACAAGCACAUUGAGGAGUACGGGGGCCAUUGCACUACCUGCCAGACAGUGCGAAACGCACCCAAACCAGCGGCAGUCCACCCAUGGGAAUGGCCCGCGGAGCCGUGGCAGCGUAUACACAUUGACUUUGCUGGACCAAUCGAGGACAGAAUGUUGUUGGUGGUGGUGGACGCGCACAGCAAAUGGCAAGACGUGGUCAUCAUGAAGUCUACAACCACAAGGAAAACCAUUGAGCGUCUGGAGGAAAUGUUCAGCCGGUAUGGAAUACCGGAGCAGCUGGUGAGCGACAACGGGCCCCAGUUUGUCGCCGAGGAGAUGGAGGCUUUCCUCAAAAUGAAUGGAAUUCAACACAUUAAGUCAGCACCCUACCACCCGUCCACCAAUGGACUGGCCGAGAGAUUUGUACAAACCUUAAAGAACAGUCUAAAGGCCUCAGUGUCCCAAGGUUCCCUUCAUCAGCGACUGUACAGUUCCAUGCUGACUUACCGAAACACGCCACACAGCACCACUAAAGCGCCGCCCGCUGAGCUCCUCCUGAAAAGAGUGCUGCGCACCAAACUGGAUUGCAUAAGGCCGCCGUCAAGGAGCAAAACUGUCCAUAGCAGCCAGCAAGAGCAGAGCCAACGCAGGUCGGGCACACCACGGUCUUUUCAUAUAGGAGACCCGGUCCUGGCUCGCAAUUACCUAAGGGGUCCCAGGUGGGUGCCAGCAGAGAUGGUGGCCAUUAUCGGGCCGCUGUCAUACCAAAUACGCACCAACAAUGACGCAGUGUGGUGUCGUCAUACGGACCAACUGCUGACCAGAAGGGGCCCUGCAUCGGAGCCCAUGGACUCUCCUCCGCUAGAUAUCUCCAGCCAGGCCGAUGUGGUGGUGGACCUGGCCGCCCCUGACACCCUGCCAGCCACACUUCAAGAGGACAACGUUACAGACCGGGUGUCCCAGCUUCCAUCACCAACGGAAUCAGCGCCACUGCCAUCUCCGGUGACCCACCAUCCUCACCGGUACCCCACAUGCGAACGACGACCUCCUGACCGCCUGGACUUUUAGCUGAAUCCUUGCUGAUGGAC